UGUACACUCUCAGACGGUGCCGGCAGCGACAAGUCUGCGUGGCCGCCCGGGGGUGGAGGGCACGUCUUGUGGGUUGAUGAUGUAGAUGUAGCUUGUCAAAGUGAGCCACGGAAGUUGUCGCCAGCUACAAUGACGUGUGGGGGGAGUGGGGAGAGACGACUUGGGCAAAGAACGACCGGCCGGCAGGAGAAGAAGACAGGGCCGACUCUCUGCCAUGGGCACGAAUGGGCGGAGAGGGGCUACAAGGACUGUGGCAUGUCGCAGGUGAGGGGAGGCGGUCCAAGGCAGAGUGUUGCACCGCUCAAUGUGCGAGUCACUGCAUCGCCGACUUGGAUAGCAGCGACAUGGGUCGUGCGGUCCAGCACAGGACGAGGGCUGGGCGGAGGAGGGCUGGCGGCGGGCAGGACCGUAUACGAGCUACGGGACGGGGUGGGCAACGGAGGAGGGAUGGGGUCGGGGGUGGUGGCCAACGACGACACCAGGAGAAAAGGGUACAUGAGGAUAUGGAAGAGGUACUUACUGCAUCUCAUUGUUUGCAUGCUGUGCCUGGUUCGAGUACAGGUACUCGGGCGGUACGGGACCAACCUGCCACUGCUCCAUGGUCUGGGGCGCGGGAGAGCAACUCGUGUUAGUAACAGGUCUUGCAAGGUCUGCAAUGCCAGAAAUCACCCCGCAGUACGGGAAGGAGAAGCAUUAAAAGCAUCAGUGGUGCACGAGACGGGAGGAACGACAAAGGCCGCAAGAGUGAUGUGAUCGGAGCAUGGCGAAUCCUUGGGGAAGGGGGCUGGUAGAGUUGGAGAAGCUCCAGA